CUGCACUUAAGGCUGGGGAUCCCAGAUAUGGAAAAGGAAUACGGCUCCAUUCAAUACUUCUUUCAUUCCUGUGACCACACGCCUGGGCAGUUAAGGAGGAAUGGUCCAUCUUUACUCAGGUCUGAGGACGCUGUUGCAGGAUCCCGUCCAUGGCAGCUGGAGGAGGUUUGCUCGCAGCUUGGCAGAAGAGGAAGUGAAGAACGAGAAAGGCUGGUGUUGCCGUGAUGCUUGUCUCUUUCCCCUUCUCUACGUAUCCAGGACCCCAUGUCAUCAGAUGGUGCCCCCAACACUCAAGCUGUGGGCGUACACGAUCAUUAGAGAGACAAGUGUACCGUGAACCUUGAAACAACACAGCGCCAGCUAUCAGCAUUACUCAUUUACAGCCUUGUUUCUGCCCCACCGUUCUCUCCUGUUACCUGCCUGCCAGGGAGAUUUGCUCCUAAGGAAGACAAUUUCAUCCUGAGUCGGGAUGUCCAAGUCACGGAGCUGCUUUGGGUACCCCGUGAGCAUCUUCUUCAUCGUGGUCAAUGAAUUCUGUGAAAGAUUCUCCUACUAUGGGAUGCGUGCACUCCUGGUCCUGUACUUCAGAAACUUCCUUCGCUGGGAUGACGAUCUGUCCACGGCCAUCUACCACACGUUCGCUGCCCUGUGCUACCUGACUCCGAUUCUCGGAGCCCUGAUCGCAGACUCGUGGCUGGGGAAGUUCAAGACAAUUAUUUCAUUAUCCAUCGUCUACACCAUCGGACAGAUAGUCAUCGCGGUGAGCUCCAUUCACGACCUCACCGACCACAACCGUGAUGGGACGCCUGACAGCCUUCCUGUGCACGUAGCCCUGUCCAUGAUCGGCCUGAUCCUGAUAGCCUUUGGCACAGGAGGAAUCAAGCCCUGUGUAUCUGCAUUUGGUGGUGAUCAGUUUGAAGAAGGUCAGGAAAAGCAGAGGAACCAGUUCUUUUCCAUCUUUUAUUUGGCCAUCAAUGCUGGAAGUCUGAUCUCCACGAUUGUCACUCCCAUACUGAGGGUUCAGGAAUGUGGAAUCCACACUCAACAAGCUUGUUACCCACUGGCCUUUGGGGUUCCGGCGGCUCUCAUGGCUGUUUCCCUAAUUGUGUUUGUCCUCGGUAGUGGGAUGUAUAAGAAGUUCAAGCCCCAAGGCAACAUCAUGAGCAAAGUGGCCAAGUGCAUCGGUUUUGCCAUCAAAAACAGAUUUAGGCAUCGAAGUAAGCAAUUUCCCAAGAGGGAACACUGGCUGGACUGGGCUAAAGAGAAAUACGACGAGCGGCUUAUCUCACAAGUUAAGAUGGUCAUGAAGGUGAUGUUCCUAUAUAUCCCACUCCCCAUGUUCUGGGCCUUGUUUGAUCAGCAGGGCUCCAGGUGGACGCUGCAAGCAACAACCAUGAGUGGGAAGAUUGGAAGUAUGGAAAUUCAGCCAGACCAGAUGCAGACUGUGAAUGCCAUCUUGAUUGUCAUCAUGGUCCCCAUCAUGGAUGCCGUGGUGUACCCUCUCAUUGCGAAAUGUUUCAAUUUCACCUCGCUGAAGAAGAUGACAGUUGGGAUGUUCCUGGCUUCCAUGGCCUUCGUGGCGGCUGCAAUUGUGCAGGUGGAAAUCGAUAAAACUCUUCCCGUCUUCGCGACAGAAAAUCAAGUCCAAAUUAAAGUCUUGAACAUAGGAAACAGUAACAUGGAUGUGCAUCUUCCUGGAGAGAGUGUGAACCUUGAGCAAAUGUCUCAAACAAACGGUUUCAAGACUUUUGAUGUAGACAAGCUAACAAGCAUAAACAUAUCUUCUCCUGGAUCUCCAGUCACUGAAAUUGUCCCUGAUUUUGAGCCAGGCCAACGCUACACCCUUCUAGUAUGGGCCCCCAGUGGUAUGCUUAUGGUGAAAGAUGGGCUUAACCAGAAGCCAGACAAAGGAGAAAAUGGAAUCAGAUUUGUCAACACCCUUACCAAGGCGCUAACCGUCACGAUGAGUGGGAAGGUGUACGCAGACAUCGCCAGUAACAAUAUCAGCGAUUACCAGUUCUUUCCUUCUGGCCAAAAAGAAUACACAAUAAACUCCACAGAGAUUGCAUCAACCUGUUCAAGCGACUUUAAAUCCUCCAGCCUUGACUUCGGCAGUGCCUACACCUAUGUGAUCACAAGGGGGAAUGACGGCUGCCUGGAAGUGAAGGAAUUUGAAGACAUCCCACCCAACACGGUGAACAUGGCGCUACAGAUCCCGCAGUACUUCCUCCUCACCUGUGGCGAAGUGGUCUUCUCCGUCACGGGACUGGAGUUCUCCUAUUCCCAGGCCCCUUCUAACAUGAAGUCAGUGCUUCAGGCAGGCUGGCUUUUAACUGUGGCGGUUGGCAAUAUCAUUGUGCUCAUCGUGGCAGGGGCUGGUCACUUCGAGAAACAGUGGGCUGAGUAUGUUCUGUUCGCCUCAUUGCUCCUGGUUGUCUGUGUGAUAUUCGCCAUCAUGGCUCGAUUCUACACCUACGUCAACCCAGCGGAGAUCGAAGCUCAGUUCGAUGAAGAAGAAAAGAAAAAGAGCAUAGGAAAGGACAACCCCCUCUCCACACUGGAACCUGAUUCACAGACAAAAAUGUGAAGGUCAGGAGGCAAGGGAGUCACACAGAGUCCACGGUGCACCCUGACCUCUGCCCCAAGGGGCAGGACACUCUAUCACGAGCCUUUGAUGCGGGAGACUUCAGAAUCGUGAACCAAAAUAUUAACUAAUACCAAGGCUGUUUUCUAAGCUGCCAGCGGGAGCCUUUUAAUCUUUUUUUAAUUUUUUUUUAUUUUUAUUAUUUUUGGUUUUUCAAGACAGAGUUUCUCUUUGAACAGCCCUGGCUGUCCUGGAACUUAUUUUGUAGACCAGGCUGGCCUUGAACUCAUAGAUCAGCCUGCCUCAGCAUGUACAUGACCACCGCCUGGCUUUAUUUAAAGCAUACACUUUAUUUUUUUCUAACACUGGGCGGGCCAUGUCUUGCAUUUCUGCCGCAGAAGUGAACUGAGUUCAGACUAACUUAAUUUUGAAAAGGUAACCGUCCUGUUUAUUUCUAACGCUUUUAUGGAAACAAUGUUGAGUUUACAGAGGGCUUUUGAAAAAAAAAUAGAAGAUAGUGUCAGCAGUUUGAGCUGAAAACUGUGCCUUAGGUCUUGUUUGUUUGUUGUUCUAGUUUUCUUUGCCCUUCCUUUUUAAAUUAUGUGUCACUCAAAAGACCACCCAGUGAAGGCUAGUCAUGAGCUGUGAAGUAUCACUGGUGUGAAAUAAAUUCUUGUUCUUAAGGA